AUGAGUAGGAAAAGGGUAAAGAGAAAGAUUAACGCCCCAAAAAGGCAGUCCAAACUCGAAAAGAGAUUCAACUGUCCGGUCUGCAACCAUGAAAACGUUGUCCAAUGUACAGUCAAGAGGCCAUUGAUGAAAGGAUUUGCAAAUUGCUCUGUGUGUGACGCAAGCUUCACCUGCGAAGCAAACAAGCUUACCACAGGCAUCGAUGUGUAUUCAGCCUGGGUGGAUGAAUGUUGCAAAAAUACCAUGUCAUAA